AUGGCCGAUUAUUCGAUGUACCACGCCCUCGGGCAGGGAGAGCAGAUCGACCCCAACGAUCCCAAUCGUACCACCCAGCCAGCCCCUCCCCAGUUCAACCCGCCCGUCGCACAGCAGCCGUAUCAGCAGGCCUCGCCCUACGGUAGCAGCCCCGCCCCUACGGUAGCCCCGCGGCCGGACAGCAGCAAUUCUACGGCGGCGGGCCGGCUGGUCAACCCCUACAACAACAGCCCCAUGGCUAUGGCGCGCCCCCUCAAGCCGGAGCUGGCACACCCGGUGCAGAUGAUGGGCUCGCCGCCCAGAUGGGAGGCCCCGGCAGCCCCCGGCUCGGCGUUUGGCGCGGUGCCCUCUCCUGGAGCACCCUCGGGUUUCUUUUCUCCUCCCGAUGCCGGUGCCGGUGCCGGCCCGCAGCUCCUAAGCCCUUCGCAGGGUUUCACGCCGGCCAUGAGCCCUGGCCUCAGCCCUGGUCUGGGACCGCAGGGCAGCCAGUUCCCUCCUUCUGCCAACCCGGCUUUUGCUCCCGGACCUACCUCCCCGCUGGCCUUGGGCUGUCUUCUCCGGAAACCGCCACGCUGCCGCGCAUACAUCAACCCUUUCAUGAUGUUCCGCAACGGCGGCAACAAGUUUGUGUGCAAUCUCUGCUCAUACCCCAACGAUACGCCCUCCGAGUACUUUUGCGCCACUACUCCGGCCGGUGUCCGUGUCGACCGCGAUCAGCGCCCCGAGCUCACUCGCGGUACCGUCGAGUUUGUUGUGCCCAAGGAGUAUUGGACCCGCGAACCCGUUGGUCUGCGCUGGCUCUUCUUGAUCGACGUGACCCAGGAGUCCUUCAACAAGGGCUUCCUCGAGGCCUUUGCGAGGGCAUCCUGGCGUCUCUCUACGGCGGCGAAGACGACGAGGAGGGUCGGGUUUGUCACUUUUGACAAGGACAUUCACUUCUACAACGUCAAGCCCGGUCUGGAGCAGGCGCAGAUGAUGAUCAUGCCUGACAUCGAGGACCCGUUCGAUGUCAUCACCGCCCUCCUUAACCGGCUCCCCAUGAUCUUCUCCACGAUCAAGAACGCGGAACCCGCUCUGCUCCCGGCCCUCAACGCCGCGUUUGCUGGUCUCGAGGCCACUGGCGGUAAGAUUAUUUGCUCGGCCGCGGCGCUCCCACAUGGGAUUGACAAGAAGCUCUUGACGACGGAGCACCCUCUCUGGACGAAGCUCGGCGAGCGCAUGGCUGCUGCGGGUGUCGGUGCCGACUUCUUCCUGGCGUCGCCAUCGGGCGGCUACCUCGACGUAGCCACGAUAGGCCAUGUCUCAUCUUCCACUGGCGGCGAGACGUUCUACUACCCCAACUUCAUUGGUGGACGUGACAACGCCAAGUUGUCGUCGGAGAUUAAGCACGCGGUCACGCGAGAGACGGGUUACCAGGCUCUCAUGAAGGUGCGGUGCUCGACGGGUUUGCAGGUAGCUGAGUACUAUGGCAACUUUAUCCAGCACUCGUUCGGGGCGGAUCUGGAGAUUGGCGUCCUUGAUGCCGACAAGGCCAUCGGAAUCAAGUUUUCAUACGAUGGAAAGCUCGAUGCCAAGCUGGACGCGCACUUCCAGUCGGCCCUGCUCUACACGACGGCCGAUGGCCAGCGCCGCGUCAGGUGCAGCAACGUGAUUGCCAGCGUGAGCGAGAACACGCGCGACUGUCUCAAGUUUGUGGACCAGGAUGCCGUGUACAGCAUGCUGGCCAAGGAGGCGGUGACGAAGCUGGCAGCGACGUCGAGCAACUUCCGCGACGUGCGCAACUGGAUCUCGGAGCGCACCAUUGAAAUCCUCUCGAGCCACCGCAAGAACUUUACGUCGCAGAGCGCGCCCCCGGGUCAACUGAUUCUGCCGGAGCGCCUCAAGGAGUUUGCCAUGUACGCGCUCUGCCUGGUCAAGUGCCGGGCCUUCAAGGGCGGCAACGAGACGUCGGACAGGCGCGUGCAGGAGCUUCGCAUGAUCCAGUCCAUUGGCGCGCAAGAGCUCAGUCUGUACCUGUAUCCGCGCAUCGUACCGAUCCACAACCUCGAGCCGGCCGACGAGCCCGGCGGCGUGUACCUCGUCGACAACGGGCAACAGUGCCUCGUCUGGUUCCACGCGCAGACGUCGCCCGACCUCAUCGCCGACCUGUUUGGGCCCGACUUCCGGUCCCUGCAGAGCCUCGAUGCCUACACGUCGUCGCUGCCGGUUCUGGACACGCACUUGAACGCGCAGGUGCGCAACAUUCUCGAGUUCUUCAAAGUGCAGCGCGGCUCCAAGGCGGCCAACAUCCAGCUGGCGCGCCAGGGUAUCGACGGUGCCGAGUACGAGUUUGCGAGGAUGCUGAUGGAGGACCGGAAUAACGAGGCGCAGAGCUACGUGGACUGGCUCGUCCACGUGCACAAGGCUAUUCAGCUCGAGCUCAACGGCUCGAGGAAGAAGGAGGACAAGGGCGACGGAGGCGUGUCAUCCUUUGCCGGGUUCAGGCCAAACUACUGGUAA